AUGGAUAGAGCAGAAACGACAACCCCACCCCGAUUCUUCCGACACUCCCCCCCCCCCCCCCCAGAAACAGGGCAGAGGGAUAGCCCCCCUUCUUUUCUCCCCUCCCAGGGGUCACCUUCAGCAGGGAGGCAGCGUGCCCCCAGGACCAGAGACAUGGGGAAGGGGCGGAGCGUCACGCUUAUCCCUGUAAUGCCUGGCAGCCCCUCCGGCUGCUCGGCGCAGGCUGGACCCAGCCCGGAGGCUGCACCGAGGGGGGAAGCGGGGCAAGAGGGGCAGCCCCCGGCCGGCCACCAGCGCUGCGCUGCUGGAGAAGGUGAGGGGCUUACUGCGGGCGGGGAAGGAGCGUGGGAAGAGGAGGGUUUGUGCGGCGUGUCUGAGCUGGCGUUCUCGGUGCGUGUUGUGACGUUCCUGACCCAGGCUGUGGUGUUCCCGCAGCACUCAGCGAUGGCCGAGAGCUCAGCUGCGGCUGUGGCAGCGGCAGGGACAGCGGGACCGACCGUGCUGGAUGAGCUCCUGGAGAUCACAGCCCAGAGCCUGGUGCGCACCGAGGUGGCCGAGCACUAUGAGGUUAUUCGGGAGCUGGGCAGGGGCAAGUACGGCCACGUGAUGCUAGUGACCCACAGGCAGAGAGGGACUCCUAUGGCUCUCAAGCUGCUGCCCAAAGCCAGUACCAAGCUGCACACCUUCCUGUAUGAGUAUUGUGUGGCCCUCUCCCUUGCCACCCACCCUGCCAUCAUCAGCAUGUUUGGAAUUGCCAUCGAGUCCAGCCAGUACUACGGUUUCCUCUAUGAGCCGGCACUGCACAAAGACCUCAUCUCCAUCAUCAAACCCCGGGACGGGAUCCCCGAGCCAGCCGCAAAGCAGUGUGCCAAGCAGCUCGUGAGCGCCCUGGAGUUCAUCCACAGCCGAGGGCUCGUGUACCGUGACGUCAAGCCGGAGAACGUGCUGCUUUUCGACCCCGAGUGUCGGCGCAUCAAACUGACGGACUUCGGGCUUACGCGGCCCAAGGGCACCAAGCUCAAGCUGGUGGCCGGGGUAAUCCCUUACACCGCCCCGGAGCUGAGCAACACCGCUGACGCCCAGGGGGUGCCCAUUGACACCAGCUUGGAUGCCUGGGCCUUUGGCGUGCUGCUUUUCUGCCUGCUGACUGGUUACUUCCCCUGGGAGCAGAGCCUGCCGGAUGACCCUUUCUUUGAGGACUUCAUGCUGUGGCAGGAGACGGGCCUGGAGGAGGACCUGCCCCGCCACUGGAAACGCCUGACCGCCGAGGCUGCCCUGAUGCUGCGGAGCCUGCUGGCCCUGGAUCCCGCCAAGCGCGGCCCCGUCGGCGGGGCACUGCGCUACGUCGAUUGCCCUUGGCGGCUGGAGGACAGGCGCGGCGAGGAGGCUGCGGUGACCCCCUAGGGCCCAUUCCCCGUGGCGGGAGGGGAGGAGUGCCUCACCCUGCCGGGGCCCUUGGGGUCUGGGGC